GCUGCUCUUCCCAAACUUCUUGAGGACGGUGUUGACAGCCUCCAACAUCUACCAGCUCAAACAUCAGCAGUCAUCAUGGAUGCAGUGGCAAUACUACAGACGCUCAGCAAGAUUCCAGAUAGAUUUUCUGACUUGGCAGAGAUGGUGUUCAAUAGAAUCUUGUUGCAAGCUGGAGAGGCAACAAGGGUCGACUUCGUACGUGAUCAGUAUCCUGAAAUCUCAAUAAAAAACAUAAAGAGAGAGAGAAGAGGUAGUAGUGGCCAACUAGCCGUCAACAUCACUAGCCCACAACAGUUGUGCCCACGGCAAUGGAAAAAAUUUAUGUCCACUGGUAGCAAUAAAGAGGGUCUGCUGAACUUUCUCGUCCAUGAAUGGUCAACAAACCAAGCUUAUGCUCAGAAGAUUGGAAACCGUGUAUUGUACGUCACUCACGAAAACAGAUGUACCAAACUUAACGCCUUUGAGGUAGAAUGACCGCAACAGAUGCUGUGGAUCUUCAUAGCACUCAGGAAGAGGCAGAUACGAGGAUGUUUCUUCACGCCUUCCAUGCUUCUGCAGAUGGACAUCACAGCAUUGCAGUAUUCUCGUCAGAUACAGAUGUCGAAGUACUGGCGAGCCACCAUCAAACAGCCUCCCUGCCGAAAUAAUACUGAUAAGUGGCACAAGGAGUAGAUCGCCUUUGGUAAGCAUUAGGCGACUCUGUGAAAAGCUUGGUCAUAGAGUAUGUCAGGUUCUUCCAAGUUUGCACGCUUCGAGAGGCUGCGAUACUGCCAGCUCGUUUGUUGGAAAGGGCAAGAAAAAGGCGCUCAAAUUAAUCAAAGAUGA